AUGUUACCCGGAUUCAGGCUCACACAGGCGCCCCCGUUAUCAGUCCAGCGAGCUCCUCGACGCACAUGUCCAGUCCGGAUCCGCCCCCGCCUCGUGCUACUGGGCCAGCCGCUUGCAGCAAGAGGAGUAGGCAGUCAACUGAGGGGUCACCCACAUUCGCGUCCCCUACAGCCCCAUCCGCCUGCCAAACGCAACCGAGAUGCCGAGCCCGACGAGAAGCUCUCGCACCACGACAGUGACUCCGAUUGGUCUCCUGUUCCGGUGCAGGUGUCUUUCCCUGUCACCUACUCGAUCUGGUUAUCAACCCCUCGCGCGACCGACCAGACCCGCGGGCCCCGCCGAGACCGUGAAGUGUCUGCCUGGACCCACGUCAGCGAAUCCGGCCCAGGUGGCAUGCGCAGAAUCCCACCACGGCCCACCUUCCGAAUCGAGGGCCAGGUUGCGGCAUGCACAUGGGACACUUUUCGUCAAAAGGUCAUCAAACGUGUCCGAGAAUUCUGGCCAGUACACGCUGCAGAGCUCCGAUGUUGCCAUGAAUCCGAUGAACUAGUAUGGCAGCUCAUCAAGACCGAAUGCGAUCCAGCCCCCAGAAUGCAGUUUGCGACAAUUGCAAACACACAGACCCUGCUCGCGUGUCUCACGGAAAUCUCCCAGGCCGGCGUGCGUGUAGAAUACGAGCUCCACAUCAGCACGGACGAACCCCCAGAGAGGAAGAAAAAGGUACGCGCCCCUUUGUAUUCUCAUAUUAUUGCUAGACUUGCUCACUGA